CCCACAAUGCACCGCUGCGCAGCUGCAGAUGGAAUGUAGCUCACUAGCAUCGAAUGCUAGCCGCAGCAGCGCAGUAAAGUUUGACAAACACGUCAUGAGCGGCUCGAACCCACUGUCAGCCCCGCACUGACAACACAUGCGUCAGGUUGACGGAGGCGGAAGUACUGCGAGCACGAUCGUGUUGACUUGUUGUUGGGAAUCCCUAUGCUGGUAGAGUGUGGCUUCAGCUCAACUGCUCAGCGAUGAACAUUGAUGACAAGUUGGAGGGGAUGCUUAUGAAAUGUGUCCCCGUGGGGCUCCACCACCCAUCUCGAGGCUUGGGUUCUUCAAGGGUGGAUGGAAGAGGAAGGAGAGGCAGUUUAGAUAUGACUCUUGGGGAGCGAGGUUUGGCCAAUCACCCGCUUUUGGCAGAGGAUGACGAUGAUGAAGAUGAUGAUCUGGUGGGUGGAGUGCUGACCUCGCACGAUCUGAUAUCCCAGGAAGACCUGAUGGUUCACGAGGAGACAUCGAAAAAUGAUGGAGAGGAUGGACCAGCUUUCUCACCACGAAUCACACAUAAAUUACACUAUACGCUCAAUAUCCCUAUGAAUAUAAAGCAAGAGAUGAAAAUGCCGGAUUCGUUGAUUCCAAAUAAGGAGAAGAAGAAACAGGGGAGGGACCCAAAUGACUGUCUUAAAAAGAAGAAGAGAAAGCAACGCUCGCCUGCAAAGGUUUAUUUUCAGGCAUCUGAGAUUAAAAUUCUCACUAUUAAUGAAGACGGGUCCCUUGGCCACCAGAAUCCAAAAUCGCACGUAUGUGAACACUGCAAUGCCGCUUUUCGGACAAACUACCAUUUGCAAAGACAUGUUUUCAUUCAUACAGGUGAAAAACCAUUCCAGUGCAAUCAGUGUGACAUGCGUUUUAUUCAGAAGUACCUUCUUCAGAGACAUGAGAAAAUCCACACAGGAGAAAAGCCUUUUCGCUGUGAUGAGUGUGGAAUGAAAUUUAUACAGAAGUAUCACAUGGAAAGGCACAAGAGGACACACAGCGGAGAGAAGCCCUACCAGUGUGACUACUGCCAUCAGUAUUUCUCCAGAACUGACAGAGUACUGAAGCACAGACGCAUGUGCCACGAGAACAAAGACAGAAAGGUGCAGAAAGCUGCGGCCAAAGACGUCCCUUAUCACAGCCAGGAGACCUUAGGGUUAUCAUUUCCUGUCAAGGAGUGCACGCUUCCCAAGAAGAAACGUCAAAAGACCACUGACAAAAGUCAAGUCUCACUCACAAGUUCCAUUGUUCCAGAAAAAGCAGUAGAAGCUGAUACUGAGGAGAAAACAGAGGACAGGCUUGAUAGAAACGAGUGCCUUCCUCUUUACGCAGUAGCCACCAAAGUAAAAGAUGAGUACGUUGUGACAGAUUAUUCUGUUGAGCUCCCUGAUUCCCCACCUGUCAACCGGCAUCUUGCGGGGGAGGAGUCUAAUGAUGAGAUCAUAAAUCCUCCAAAACUUGUCCUGAAGAAGAUUGCCAGCAGGAAGGGUAUGAAACAGCAGUCUCUAGAGCCUUCUCAAAGUCUCUCUCCCUUGUCCUCGUUUGAAGAAAGCAAAGAAACAAGAUACACGUUUGAGAUCGUGGAUAACAAAGGCCUUUUGGAUGUCGAGACCAACCCUGACAUGGAGUCCGUAGAUGCCUUACAGGCAGGACAAGCGAAACCGACCGGAAGUAGCACAAACUACGACGACGCCAUGCAGUUUCUCAAGAAGAGGCGUUACCUUCAAGCGCUACCUACGACGAACGCUAGCCGAGACUUUGCGCUAAACGUGAGCAGCAUCGUUACGCAGCCCUCCGUCACACAGGUGGCUGUAGCGAGCGUCAUCGAUGAGACUGUUCCCGCCACGAUUCUCGCCGAGACUCAGACUCUGAAUGUGGAGAUCAAGUCCAGCAGCGAGAAGAAUGUUCUCCCAGAUGAAGUCCUGCAGACCCUUCUCGAUCACUACUCCAAUAAGGCCAAUGGGCAAGCUGAGAUUUCCUUCAGUGUGGCUGACACAGAGGUGACGUCUAGCAUCUCCAUUAACUCCUCUGAUGAAAGCAGCCCCUCCGAGUCUUUGGGCACUGGCUCGCAAGCGCCCCCGGCAGAGAAGGCCAGCCUUCUACAAGAGUACUCCAAGUUUCUCCAGCAAGCGCUUGAAAGGACCAGUCAGAACGACACCUACCUUAACAACCAGAGUCUUACAUUCAUAAAUGACAAUGCCAGUCUUGCAGGGCAGCCUUUGUUUUCCACCGAGAAGCAGUUCACCUCCCCAUCCCGGUUCAGGCCGAGCAUGAACUCUCCUUUGAGAUCCACCUUGGAGAAACCCAGUUUUAGCCUUUUAGUAGAUUCCCAACACUCAUUCUCCUUUUCGGGUGAUGAGACUAACCCCUCUUCAGUUUCGCCAACUGAAGACUUUCUCGACCAGGUAACCCCUCCUAAAAAGACAGAUGCACAAAAUAUCAGUCAGACAUUUCAAAUGGCCACUUUUGAGCAGAAUUUUCGAUCUCAGUUUUCAAGCUCAAGAUCUGGAAUAUCUUCACAGUUUAGCAUUGCCAGCGGACAAGUUAGCCUGAGAGGACACGGAGGAACAGAUUUCCCAGAGUUCUCUCUUGUCAGUGAAACAAGAACUCAACUAACCUCAUCUCCAGAUGCUUCGAGCAGCCAAACCUUUGGCUAAACUAAAGCUUUUAACGAUUUCGCACUUUAUAUUCAAGGUCUUUGAGUUCUAUCAGUGAAGGCAAUGUGAUUUAUGUGCAAAUACAUAUGAUUUUCCAUCUCCAUCAAGCAAGCAAAUCAUGUGUGGGAAUCAAAGUGAUCACAGUUCUAAUGAAGACAAUGGGAUGCUCUUUGUGUCAUGGCAUUGUCUGUGUAUUGCACAUAUAAUGCUUAAAUUGAACGAAUGAUGGUUUGCUAAACUAGAUAAUGUAUACAGUCAAUGGGUUUUCUUGGCCCAUUCCCUGGCCGAACCAUCAUUGCUGGUGUAGUAGAAAUUAUACAAAGACCAACUUCCUUUUGGCCUUGCAUUAUCGCGUUCAGUCCUUUUGCUGGAAUUCAUUAACAGUUGUUAAGGACUAACCUAGCAUUACAAUCAGUAAUGUAUUUUGUUAUUAUGUUAUCAUGUUUUUUUGGAGAGGUACUAAAAGGACCUCACUGUUUUCCCCUUGAGUAAGGCACUUACUAGAUGGACGAUCUUAUCAUGGUUUAUCUUCAUAUGUCAUAUAGAAUCUCUACAAGAUGCAGUCUAUUUUGCGUAGAAUCAUCUGUAGGUAAUCUUAAUUUGAGUUCAUACUGACCCCGCCUAUUUUAUAUAGUAAGAUUAUAUAAUCCUGAAUUAUUUUUGCACAAUAUUCAUGAGGUUCUCAAAGAAACUAUACUUUUGUGAUCAUCGGUACAGUUUGAUUUAGUUGAUAGUCCUUGCCAAGUCGUAAACAGCGGCAACAGGUAUGCAGUUCAUACAUGUCAUCAUUGAACCCGACUAUUACUGCAUGACGGUUGAAAGAAAAACUGCAAAAAAGCUUUCUCAACCGUUUGAUUUCUUGAAUUGCAGAUUCAUCUUAGAUCUGCUAAACAUUAAAUAGCACUAUCCUCCUACCGCACUUUUGUUUAGAAUUAGAUUCCCCUUAUCUAGGCAUAUAAUGCAAACCUAAAAAAAUGAAAGAUAAGAACUGUUUCAGAACAUGGUAAAUUGUCUUUAGUGAAAUCAAGGAAGAUGAUUUAAGAAUGUGUGUCUGAGAUCAUGUUUAUGCUUCUAUCUGUGUCCAUUAGCAUACAUGUCUGUGCAUCAUAUUGUCAUGCUGUUUUGUUUAUUGGAUUGAAAUAGAACUGAUAAAGUAACAUUUAAUGUUUAGUAAAAUUGUAUGAGGACUGUAUGUAUAUGUACACAUAGCAUUUGUUUAUUGCACAUAUUUCUUUCUUCAGCGUAAUAACUAAUCAUGUAAUAUAAAAGCUUUGUUUUCUCAGAUUAUGGAAAUGUAUCUGCUUUUCCCACAGCUAUCUUGAUAAAAUUAAGUUUUGCUUAUUUUAAAAAAAUAUAUAUAAAGCGUCAUGCCAAGCUGUACAUUCAUUGGACCUUGUUCAUUAAACAUGAGCAGGACACAUUUCUGUGUACAUUUUGAAAUUAAUCUAUUCUUAUGUAAAUUGUUAAAUGGGUUUUAGAACAGUCAUACAUCACAUACGUUUGUUCUGCUGGUGUUUCUUGAACAGCCUUAUGAGUACUGUUUCCAUAGUUUGCAUGUUUUGGGUGUCGAAGAUCAACUAAUGUUUUACAGUUUCAGGUUUCUUCAAAGUGUGCCUAAACAUUCCUUUAUUGUUCUCUUCUUUUUACAUGUUGUAAAUAGCUUGUCUAUUUUAUUUUCAAGUGCAUUUUGCUGUGCACAUUUUUCCUUUGCGUGCAGUAUAUAUAGAGACAUGAUUAACCAAAAUGUCUUGGUCCCCUAAGCACAGCUGUUAAAAACAUGUUGUGUUCAUGUUUGUUAAACUACAUUUCUAGUCUUCUCUAUGAAUUUGCUUUAAAUGCAGUUUUAUCGAUUACGGACUUGGAUUUCACACAACCUCAAAUGAUCUUUUUUGGGAUAUUAUUUAUCGCUUCUGGUUUAGAUGGCUCAGAAAUUGGAAUAAUUUAAGGGAUGUCUGAUGCCUUUUUUUAAGCAUAUGAUGUGAUCGUGUUUUGUAAACUGAGUUGUUGUUCGUAAAAGAUCCAUAUCCAUAUUUAAACACAUCACUUUUGUCCUUCUUAAAUAUUUUGUUAAUUGAGCAUUUGAGUCCAAUCUGGUGGUAUGUAUCAUUGUUUCAUGACAAAUGUUAAACUGAUUGAAAAACAGGUGGUUUUAUUUAGUAAGAAAACUUGUAAGUCCUAGAUAUAUAAACAAUUUCAUUGGGGUGUGCAUGUCUAUUGACUGUCUUUGUACACUGGUUAUAUUUUUGUAUGUAGUGUAUCCAUUUUAUUGUAGCCUAAUUAUUUCUAUAGAAAAUACUUUAAUGCAAUAUUUUGCCUAAGAAAUCGAGGGAGAUGUUCUGAUUGGAUGUUUUUUGGUUGUGUGCUUAUGUUGUGUAAUGCUGAAUUUCCAAAUACAAUGACAAAGUAGUUGAGUGUU